ACGCGGUGUGUGUCCUUCUCUCUCUCUGUCUCUCUCUCUCCGUCUCCUCAUUUUCUUACUCGUACGUUAUCGUCGCCGGCCGCCGACGUUCUCACAGCCCGGCGACACUCUGUCCAUCCGCACACCGGAAAAGUGUUCAGAUCUCCGUAGACGCUGCAUUUAUUAGCAAAUCUGGCCAACCGCUAUAUCCGUGUUUCUUCGGCAAAAAAAGAAGGUGGUUGAGAAUUUCAGUGGGUCAUUGAUUCGCUUGUGAUCGAAGCUUUUGGUUCAUUCUUUUGGGAAUGUGCGUGGACUUUAGGGUUUUGUGUGCUGUAUGAGGAAAGAAUCUUCGGAAAAGCGUCAAAAAUUCGAAGAUUUUGGUUCAUUUCUAAACAUAAUUCACUCUUAAUAUUGCCUUUUCUGUUGAAAUUCGAAUUCGACUUCGGAUCGAGUUGGAUUUCCUUCCAUAUUAAGCAUUUUCGUCUUUGGCGUAAUUUUGUUCGCAAGGGCUUGUCGGUGCUAUCGCGAUCGAUUUGGUGCGAUAUUUGGGAUUUUGGGUUAUUUUUGGACCGAUUGGUGCACGUUUAAGGCAUGUUUUGCCACUAUUUUGAUGAGGUUUUGCAUAGGCAAAUUUAUUUGUGAAAUUGUAGAUUAGAUGCUGUGGAAAAGCUAGGGGUUGUGUGUGUGGAUGUAUGGGGGGAAUUGGAAGAUAUGUGCAGAAUAGUUGUAAGUGAGGAGAGACAGAGGAGGUUGAAGUGGAUUAGUGGUGGGUUAAUGGGGUUUAAAGUGAGUGGUAGAGUUGAGAGAUUAAAGAGUUCUAUGGUACUGUCAUCGCGGUCGAGAAUGAAGCUGUGGAUGAUAAGGGCCACAACAUCAGUGUUGUUGUGGACUUGCUUGGUUCAGUUGACUGCCUUAGGCGAGACUUGGGGGCCUAGGGUUCUGAAGGGUUGGCCCUCUUGUUUUUCCCAUGAUUCCGCUGCUUUGGAUGUUAAAUCCGCACUGGAAAUUCCGGUCAGAGUUCUUCCACCAAAGAGGGUUUAUAAGAACAAUGGUUACCUGAUGAUUUCGUGCAAUGGAGGGCUUAAUCAAAUGCGGGCAGCGAUUUGUGACAUGGUUGCAAUUGCUAGAUAUUUAAAUGUGACACUUAUAGUUCCCGAGCUUGACAAAACUUCUUUUUGGGCUGAUCCCAGUGAGUUUCAAGACAUAUUUGAUGUUGAUCACUUCAUUACAUCCCUGAGAGAUGAGGUUCGGAUUUUGAAAGAGCUGCCUCCUAGGUUGAAGAGGAGAGUGGAGCUAGGAAUGGCCUAUACCAUGCCUCCUGUUAGUUGGUCAGACAUUUCUUACUAUCAUAAUCAGAUUCUUCCCCUGAUACAGAAAUAUAAAGUUGUCCAUUUAAAUAGAACUGAUGCUCGGCUUGCCAAUAAUGAUCAGCCCCUUGAGAUUCAGAAGCUUCGAUGCCGAGUGAAUUUUGGUGCUUUGAGAUUCACUUCUCAGAUAGAAGAGUUGGGUAGAAGAGUUAUUAAGCUUCUAAGGCAAAAUGGUCCAUUCAUAGUACUACAUCUCAGAUAUGAAAUGGACAUGUUAGCUUUUUCUGGAUGUACACAGGGCUGCAACAGUGAAGAGGUGGAAGAGUUGACAAGAAUGAGAUAUGCUUAUCCUUGGUGGAAGGAGAAGAUCAUAAAUUCAGACUUGAAAAGGAAAGAUGGUAUGUGCCCUUUGACACCUGAGGAAACUGCUCUUGCAUUAAAGGCACUAGACAUUGACCGUAAUAUCCAGAUUUAUAUUGCUGCUGGGGAGAUAUACGGUGGAGAAAAGAGAAUGGCUACUCUUGCAGCAGCUUAUCCAAGAUUGGUGAGGAAGGAGACACUGUUGGAGCCAUCAGACCUUGGGUUUUUUCAGAAUCACUCAUCUCAGAUGGCAGCGCUGGAUUAUCUUGUAUCACUAGAGAGUGAUAUUUUUGUCCCCACAUAUGAUGGAAACAUGGCCAAAGUUGUUGAAGGCCAUCGGAGAUACCUUUGGUUCAAGAAGACAAUACUGUUGGACAGAAGGCUACUUGUUGAUUUGAUAGACCAAUAUAAUAGCGGAUCUCUUACAUGGGAUGAGUUUUCUACUGCCGUUAAGGAAGCUCAUGCAGAACGCAUGGGGAACCCCACUAAGAGGCUGGUAAUCCCAGACAGACCGAAAGAAGAAGAUUAUUUUUAUGCCAACCCAGAGGAGUGUUUACAGCCAUCUGCUGAGACAUUGAGUAGUAUGUGACCCUGGUUCAAAGGUUGCAUUUUGAUCAAUACCCCCCACAAUGCAAUUGUGCGACAGAUUAGAGACUAUGGUUCUCUACCCCACAUUGUCACAAAGGAGGAUUUUGUUUUGAGGAGAUAUUCCUGAAGUCAAUGGUUGGGAGGUGCGCUUCGACAAAGCCCAACAGCAUCCACAGAUAUUACUGUUUUUAUAUAUGAAAAUAAUCCAAUUCAUGUAUAGAAGCCACCCUGCCAUUACAAGGGUUAUAACUACUCAAUUGCAGUGUACACAUGGAUCAAAUACAGUUUCAGCUUGCUGAAAAUUUAGAAUUUUGAAAAGGUCUCUUCCACAAUUUGCGUCCAUUGGUUGGUGCUCCAAUCAGUAGGUUGUUGGAGGUGGUCUGAUUAAUUUUAUAGGAAAUAAAGAUGUGACAAACAUGGGGCACACCAUUAUUUGAUUGGAUUGACCUUUGAGAUGGAUGGUUAAUACAAUAUGCUAAUGACAUUCAAAUCAUUUUAUUCAUU